AUUAUAAAAGCUUCUUUUAUUUAAAUAUGGAUGAUUAACAAUAAUUGAUUUGAAUAUCUAAUCAAUUUUGAUGCUUUUGCAGUGAACACACAUUAAUCAUGGCAACUUCUCAUUUUUCAACUCAACCUAAUUCCCUGAGGGUUCCAAAUCUCAUUGGGGGCAAGUUUGUUGAGUCAAAAUCAUUGGCUUUCAUAGAUGUUAUAAACCCUGCAACGCAAGACGUUGUUUCGCAAGUUCCAUUGACUACAAAUGAAGAGUUUAAAGCUGCAGUGGCUGCAGCAAAGAAGGCAUUUCCUUCAUGGCGUAACACUCCGAUCACGAAGCGUCAACGUGUUAUGUUGAAGUUCCAGGAGCUUAUACGCAGAGAUAUGGAUAAACUUGCCAUCAGUGUGACUACCGAACAAGGAAAGACUUUAAAGGACGCACAAGGAGAUGUAUUCCGUGGAUUAGAGGUGGUGGAACAUGCUUGUGGGAUGGCUACACUACAGAUGGGAGAGUAUGUUUCCAAUGUGGCAAAUGGAAUUGAUACUUUCAGUGUUAAAGAACCAAUUGGUGUUUGUGCCGGUAUCUGUCCUUUUAACUUUCCUGCGAUGAUUCCCCUCUGGAUGUUCCCAGUGGCGGUUACCUGUGGCAAUACCUUCAUUCUGAAACCAUCAGAGAAAGAUCCAGGUGCUUCUAUGCUUCUUGCACAAUUAGCAAUGGAGGCUGGUUUGCCUGAGGGUGUCUUAAAUAUAGUUCAUGGAGCCCAUGAUACUGUGAAUGCUAUCUGUGAUCAUGAUGACAUCAAAGCUAUAUCUUUCGUUGGUUCAAAUGUUGCUGGAAUGCACAUAUAUGCAAGAGCAGCAGCUAAAGGGAAGCGUGUUCAGUCUAAUAUGGGGGCCAAAAAUCAUGCCAUUGUCAUGCCAGAUGCAAGUGUUGAUGCCACCAUAAAUGCUUUAAUUGCUGCGGGUUUUGGUGCUGCUGGACAAAGGUGCAUGGCUUUAAGCACGGUUGUUUUUGUCGGUGGCUCAAAACCAUGGGAAAGUAUACUCGUAGAGCGUGCCAAAGCUCUUAAAGUAAAUGCUGGAACUGAACCUGAUGCAGACCUUGGUCCAGUCAUUAGCAUACAGGCAAAGGAGCGAAUACACAAAUUAAUUCAAUCUGGAUUUGAAAGUGGGGCCAGACUAUUGCUUGAUGGAAGAAGUAUAGUGGUUCCCGGAUAUGAAUCCGGCAAUUUUAUUGGCCCAACCAUCUUAGCCGAUGUCACUUCCGACAUGGAGUGCUACAAGGAGGAGAUUUUUGGCCCUGUUCUUCUUCUCACGGAGGCUGAUAGCUUGGAUGAGGCCAUAAAGUUUGUUAAUGAAAACAAGUAUGGAAAUGGUGCUACUAUAUUCACUAGAUCCGGUGUAGCUGCUAGGAAAUUUCAGACCGAAAUCGAGGCAGGCCAAGUGGGCAUCAAUGUUCCUAUUCCUGUUCCUUUGCCAUUUUUCUCCUUUACCGGAAACAAAGCAUCAUUUGCAGGCGAUCUCAAUUUCUAUGGCAAGGCAGGGGUUAACUUUUAUACACAAAUCAAAACAAUAACUCAGAACUGGAAGGAAUCGGUUAACGAGGACAAGAUUAACAUGGCAAUGCCAACUUCUCAAAAAUCUUAAGAGUGACUAAAUGUAUGUUGGUUAUGAAAUCCUUGUACUCUUAUACGUUAUGUCACAAUUAAUUAUCUUAUACAUUCUCAACUUCUGGUUUCUGUUAAAUUAUUGUGUUAAUAAUAAAUACACUUUGUUAUGAA